GCUCUGAUGGGCGCCGGGCGGUCCCAAUCUGGUUCGAGGUACCUCCUGCUCUUCCUGCUUCUGGCGGUAUCCCUGAUGGGAUGGCGCUUCCUCUGGUCCUCGUCCGUCUUCCAACCCGUGACACGGGCCAGAGAGUAGUGACCCGUGGUUACCGGAUGCGGCGGGGGCAAAGGAGCCAAGGACCCGCUGCGCGGCCAUGCCGUCGACCCCCGGCUUCCCUCAGUUGACGGCAGUACGAUGUACGCGACGCUGUACACGAUGCUGUACUCGAUGCUGUUCGCGGUGUACCCAUUCGGGCUGUACCAGAUGAUGCACACGAUGCCGGCGUAUUCGCUCGUGCUGUACAUUGUGCUGAAUACGAUGCGGUACCCAAUGCCAUAAACGAUGCUGCACAAGUUCGUGAUGAUCGCGAUGCUGUGCCAGUUCGUGUUGCACCCGGUGAUGUGCCCGAUACUAUACCCGAUUAUGUUUGCGAUGUAUCAGCUCGUGCUGCACAAGAGGCCGCUCACGAUGCACAUGCCCCUGCUGUUCACGGUAUCGUUCAUCGUGCUGUGUCUGCUCGUAUUGUUCGCUUUGUUGUGGCAGUUCGUGCUGUGCAUGAUGCUGGACAUGAGGCUGUCCACGGACCUGCUGUUCCAGCUUCUUUGGAUCUUGGCCAUCCAUCCCUGGCGGAAUGGAUGCCGACGCCAGUGCGUAAUGGUGCGUUGACGAUUUGCAAUAUCGUCGCCUCCCCCAUGAGGUUUUUCAUGAUCACUUUGACACCCUUUGGAAAUAUGGUUUUCGGCGAGCACAGUUGGUGUCAACAGG